AUGGUGGUAGACAAUAAUGAGCCUAGCAUGAAUGAUUUCUUCAACCCAAAGCCCAACACUACUGCCCUUUUCACAGAUACUACUGUAACCUCCCUCACAUAUGUAGGACUAAAACACCAUCUUGCCAAAACAAGCUGUGAACAAAGUAGUGGGAGAGAACUCAUCAAGGAGGAAGCAGAAGCAAUGGGAAGUUCGAGAUGGAACCCAACAGCAGAGCAGCUACUAGCACUUGAAGAAAAGUAUAGAUGCGGAACUCGAACUCCAACAACUGACCAAAUCAUACAAAUAGCUUCAGAGCUUCGUACGUUUGGAAAGAUUGAAGCGAAGAAUGUGUUUUACUGGUUUCAAAACCACAAGGCAAGAGAGAGACAAAAACGCCAUCGCCGUCAAGGACAACAAAAACACAAUAAUAUUGAUCAUGAAAGCUUGAAUAAACUGAAAGAAUCAGGGCUGAGGAGGACAGCUCAUGGACUUGAUCAAACAAAGAAUUUGGUACCUCAUUCAAACUGCAGUGAGCAUGCAGGGGGACCUGUUACUGUGCAUGGAGCAGCAAUAGCAGAAAGAGGAACAUAUGGGUGGUCAGAAUUUGAGGAGAGGGAAUUACAACAGAUGAAAAAUAGCGGUCUUGAUAUGCAUGCCAUGCGGCAAACUAUGGAUUUGUCUUCCUCUACUCCCGUCCACCACUUGACAAGCACCAUUGCCACAACAACGUCAAAAUGCUUAAGCCUCGAAGAGAAUGGUUCGCUGUUGAGACCCACCAAGACAGAAACUCAUGCAAAUCAUGAUGAUGAAAUUUGGGAAGUUCAAACUCUUCAGCUGUUUCCUCUUUGCAGUAGUGAUCGUAACGGCACUAUUGGUACCAAGAAAGACAGAAAAGUACCCAUCAGGACCAUAAAUACCAACUUCAGUCCAAGCCAGUAUUUUGAGUUUCUUCCUCUGAAGAACUGA